AUGUAAUAAUGAUGUCAUACACUUACUUACUUUUCACGAAGAACUUAAUGUGUUGAGUUUUCAAUUUUUACAUUGAUUUUAUACAGAUAUUAAAUUUACAUUGUUGCACCUUCAUUUAACUUUAUUGUGUGUUACGUUAUGAGUUAUAACAUCACAAGCAUAUGAUUUUGAUGAAGUAAUACACCUCACGAUUGUUAAGAUCUUAUGUUUCGACAAUGUCCACCAUAAUUGAUGAUCAUGGAACACUUCCUGAAAAUGAUAGUCGAGCAGCAGUACCAGUACCCAGUCGUCGUAUGAGUCUUGCUGCUGAUCUUAUGAUGCACUUAGAGCGUAGAGCUGCUGAAAGUUCUGCUAUGUUUCGUAGUAAUGUACACAAUGUAGUCGAAGAAUUGCGACCAAUUAUAACAGUCGCACGACACCCUGAUCCUGGAUCACCUCAACCACUUGGGCCCAGUUCAUCUGUACGCCUAAGCUUACCUACCUGGUUGAAUUUAAAUUCGAACAGUGCUCACUUACCUCUCUCACCACCCAGUUCUUCUGAAACAGAAGACCGGAAUCCAAUAGCUACAGGAGAAGUUAGACCAGUCUCAACAACUCCUGUAUCACAAAGACUGCCUUUAACUACUCAAAGAUCAUUAUCAAAUCCAAAUAAUGAUGUAGCUAUAGAUAUGAAUUUAUCAAGUUCUGAUUUAAAUGUUGAACAAUUACCUUCAAGUCCAGGAGGUUCUUCACCUAAUGAAUCUAAUAACAACAAUAAUGAAAACCAAAGUGAAGAUGAUGUUCUUCGACACAACCCUGAAAUCGCUCAAAUGAUGAGUAUUUCUCUUAAAUACAUUCCAUUUUUAUUGAUACUUUUAUCAAAAGCCGUAUUUGAUCAUAUUCCAGCAAUUCUGCUCUUUUUGGUGCUCUUUAUUUCUUUUCGUUAUUUCAACAGCGUAGUUAAACGAGAAGUAGCAAAACAAUCACAGCGCAGCAUUGGCUUUUUGCUGUUUGCUAUUUGUCAUAUGGUUAUGUCUGUGUUUUUGUUUUACUAUUUCUACAAUGAUAUGAACUUACAUUUUGGGUUGAUAUUUAUUCCUCCAAACACACAGCCAACAAUAAGCAAUCUAUUGUGGUCAAUAGCAGUAGAUGAUUAUAUAUUAAAAUUAAUAACAAUAAUUUUUAAAAUAAUUGUUAUCAUGAUGCCAAUAAGGUUUUUACCAAUAAUUAAACGAGGAAAAGUAUACCUUUUUAUUGAAGCUACAUCUCAAUUAUAUCGGUGUUGUGUACCUAUUCAACCAUGGUUGUAUUAUAUGUUAGAAUCGUAUCAGGGUCCAAAAAAGGUCAUUGGUGUUUUUUUAUCUGCCGCUUACAUGGUGUCUAAGGGCACUGAUUUAAUGAGUUGUGUGAAACUCUGGUGGACGGCUUCAUAUAAAUUACUUCAAAAUGUUGCAUUGGGAACAGUGCCAAGCAAAGAACAGCUGACAAUAGCUGGUAGCAAUUGUCCUAUAUGUCAUGAUGAAUAUGCUACACCUGUAUUAUUGCAGUGCCACCACAUAUUUUGUGAAGCUUGUGUGGCUAAAUGGUUUGAUCGCGAACAAACAUGUCCAUUGUGUCGGGCAAAACUCGUUGAUGACCCAGCAUGGCGAGAUGGAUCUACGACUAAUUUCAUACAACUUUUUUAACAUCUCUUAAGAUAUUCUUUUAAAUUAUAUUAUACUUUAUAUUAUUUAUUUAUGUUUGAUAAUCCUUCAUUUAGUGAUAAAUGUUUUAAAAUAUGAAUUUUCUUAAUCCCUACCUAUUACUUAUUGGAAAUUAUAGUCGUUAAUAUUUUUUACUUUAUUUUAUUAUUAACGCAUAAAAAUAAUUGUCUGUGAUAGAUGUCUAUUAUGAUUUGAAGACAUAAAAG